AUGGAUGUUUUCCGGUCCUUCUGGAACCGCCGGGGUGCAGCAGCGCCCGGCAACAAAGCCACCAACUCGGGUCGUCCCGCCGAAUGCCGUGCGACGAGAGACGGGAAAUCGUCAGUUUUGUUGCAGUCUUUGAAGGAUUCUUCACAGCAAAAUGUGGGGGCAAAGCUCCAGAACGUGUCAGCGACGGAGUACGUGACUCCGCAGAAGUACCUGGAUGACCCGGAGAAGAUCCCGACAUACUACGUGUUCCAGUCAAACAUGGUGACAGAUGAAGAUUUGUUGCCUGGAAUGUUGAGAAACCUGGAAGUCGACAAGCGUCUGACGCUGCCAACUCGUACACACAUUCGUUUCCUCAUCACCGCCACAGAUGUCAUUCACUCGUGGGCUAUCCCUGCAUUAGGCAUCAAGGCCGACGCCAUUCCGGGCAGGCUGCAGCGUGUCAACACGUUCAUUCAGCGUGAAGGUGUCUUCUAUGGCCAGUGCUCCGAGCUCUGCGGAGCUCUUCAUGGCUUCAUGCCCAUCGUCAUUGAAGCUGUAAGCCCUGAAACUUACGCUGCCCAUGCAAAGAAGUGGUACAAGGAUUAA